UACCGCACCGGUCACGACAACACAAGGUCGUCGUAGCAGCAGUUCGCCGCAAACAUGAUGUCUCUUGCUGCCCGGUCAGGGGCUUUCUCCCCUUACAUGCAAGCUACAGCUGCUGCUGUGGCGGGGCCCCUGAAAACUCUGGUCCCCGGGGUUGUCUUGAAGGGAGAGAAGAUUUUACUGGACCCGAAAAAACAGUUCCUCUGCCGCGAAUCGCUCACCGGUCAAAGCCCAAAGACGGGGCCUGCUGUGACGGUCAGCAUUAAUGGCUGUGCAGGAGUCCGAUUUGCCCACACGGAUAUCAGGGUACCGGACUUCUCCGACUACCGCCGUCCAGAUGUGCUCGACCCCAACAAGUCGUCCCGGGAGAGCAGCGAAUCCAGGAAGACCUUCUCCUACCUGGUCACCGGCGCCACCACCGUGCUGGGCGUCUACGCCGCCAAGACGGUGGUCACGCAGUUCGUCUCCUCCAUGAGCGCCACGGCCGACGUCCUGGCCCUGUCCCAGAUCGAGGUCAAGUUGGGCGACAUCCCCGAAGGCAAGAACAUGACCUUCAAGUGGAGAGGCAAGCCGCUGUUUGUCCGCCACCGCACGGAGAAGGAGAUCGCCACGGAGGCCGGCGUGAACCUGGCGGAGCUGCGCGACCCCGAGCACGACAAAGACAGGUUCCAAAACCCCAGCUGGGUCAUCGUCAUCGGGGUGUGCACACAUCUGGGCUGCGUGCCCAUCGCCAACGCCGGCGACUACGGCGGUUACUACUGCCCGUGUCACGGCUCCCACUACGACGCCUCGGGCCGCAUCAGAAAAGGCCCCGCCCCCCUCAACCUCGAGAUUCCCUCCUACGUGUUUCCAGACGAGGACACCGUUGUCGUCGGAUAAACGCCACGCCUCAGACCGAGCGCCCAUCGGGCAACGGCAGCAUCUGUGUGAUUGACGUCUUCUCAAUAUAGCGACGCAUCGGAGGGACCUCCAGGUGUCAUAAUGCUGUGUUCAUGUUUGAUUUGCCAGCUGGGGGAAAUCGUUCACAUCAAUAACAACGGGUUCACUCGGUGCCACUGUUUCUCAAACAUGACAGAUGUUGGUAGUCCUGUUAUUAAAUACACAUUUAAUCUAUGGCGUCUUGAGUGAACCUUUUGGAAGAUUCCAUCCUCUUUCUGCCGCUGUCGACAUUAAAUGAAAACAACUGCUCCCCUUAAGUUAUAUUUCAUUUAAUUUGCAAAGUACAAAUAUUGUUGUCUGCUUAAUAAAGUUUUAUUUUAUUUGACAACCUGCA